CGAGUUAUCAUAACGUACCAAAAUGCGUUUGGGAACACAAUUAUGCGUUCUUUUCCUUUGCGGUCCUGUUCUACUCUCAAUGGCAAUUGAAAUCGACUUUCUAAAAGAUCAGACCCAGGACCUAGAGAAAGGUAUUAGAAAAGCCGAUGGGGAGAUCAUGUUCUGUACUCAAAAAAGAGAAAACGUGUCAAGGCUGCUGGCCACAGAGCAUGUGAAAAAUCACUUUUUAAAAGAAAUGGAUCAUGGAGGACUUAUUUUUACCGUAGAAAUAAAAUUGAGAGAAGUCAAAAAUAAAUCGCAAUUCCAGAUAUUCUCAGUACAAAGUGGUUCUACGAUGAGGGGAAAAAUUUUUGUUUUCUGGCUACAACCUUUGCGUAAAGGGUUUGGAAUUACAUACAGAGGCAUCACCGGACAAAUGUCGAUGAUAUUCUUCAGACCUGUAGAACUUCCAAUAGGAUUGUGGGUUAAAAUUACUCUCAAAUUUCGGGGGCUCUCCAAGAGCCGACCAAGCGUGCAGUUUUUCGUGAACGAGGAGAGAAUACAGGAACAAAGAUUAAACAGAAAUUUCAGACAUUCUAUUUUAAGAACGAAUAGAAAUAACCUUAUGUUAAGUAUCGGGGAAAUGUAUAGGUCACGUCGAGGUAGAGUUCCCCCCAAGUUAUGUUUACGAAGACUGAAACUCUACACAGAUACAGAUGUUGAAGAUGUUGUGAGGAAGUGCGAGCCAGGCGCUACGAGAGAAGAUCUACUGCGGAUGGAAAAACGGAUUGUAAGCCAGAUUACACAACAGAUGCAGUCCAUGCUUAACACAUGUGGUGUGUGCAAAAGAACCCCAUCACUCGAGGUCCCAUCAUUGGUAGUCCGCCCCCCAUCACUCGUGGACCGGCGCCCCCCGCCGCAAUUCAAGGUCCGGCCCCCACCUAAAGGCAGGGGACCCAUCUCCAAGCAAACGACACCCGAGAGAACAAACCCAAAAGUAGUAUUGAAGUCAUUAGUAGCCAAAGAACCGUGUCCACCUGGUCUUAGUCCUUGUCAUAUUUGGGCUACCUGUACCCCUAAGCUCUUUUCCUCCGACAAUGCGUGCCAGUGUAAUCUGGGUUUUGCUGGAAAUGGCUACGUUUGUGGAAAGGAUUCAGAUCUUGACGGCUUCCCAGAUGAGGAUCUUCCGAAUUGCAAAGAAAGACAUUGCAGAAAGGAUAACUGCAUCAAUAAGCCAAACAGUGGUCAAGAAAAUGCAGAUAAUGACGAAUUUGGCAACACGUGUGAUGAAGAUAUGGACAAUGAUGGAAUAUUGAACGACAAAGAUAAUUGUCCCUUGCAUUACAACCCGAGUCAACAGGAUUCAGACGGUGAUAGGAUCGGCGACGCUUGCGAUAACUGCGUGAGGACUCGUAAUCGAGAUCAGAAAGACACGGAUAACGAUGGCUCUGGGGAUGCUUGCACUAGCGAUGUUGACGGUGAUGGUUCAAUUGAAGGUGAUAAUUGUCCAUACAAGAAAAACGCUGACCAGAGAGACUCGGACGGAGAUGGAGUCGGAGACGCAUGUGAUAACUGUCCUUCACGCAGCAAUCCCGACCAGGAGGAUGUUGACCAAGAUCUUGUUGGUGAUAUUUGUGACUCAAAUAUAGACAGAGACCAAGAUGGCGUGAAUGAUGAAUAUGAUAAUUGUGUGAGCGUGCUGAAUCCAGGACAGCUUGAUACAGAUGAGGAUGGUGUAGGAGACGAAUGCGACCCCGAUGAUGACAACGAUGGUGUAUUGGAUGAGGAAGACAACUGCAGAUUAACUGCAAAUCCGGAUCAGGAAGUUGAUCCCACGGCGCCAAAAUACGGAAUAGCGUGUAAAGAUGAUUUCGACGGCGAUUCGAUAAUAAAUAGUGAAGAUAGCUGUCCAGAGAAUAGGGAUUAUUCCUCCGUGACGUUUUACGACUAUCAAACCAUCAAUCUUGAUCCGAAAGAAGAAGAACAGGUGGACCCUGUGUGGAAGGUCUUGGAUGAGGGCAGAGAAAUUCUCCAAGUUGAAAAUAGCGAUCCUGGCAUGGCCAUAGGGAAACAAUCAUUUGCUGGUGUCGACUAUUAUGGUACAAUCUUCGUGGACACACCUGAAGAUAAUGAUUACUUUGGUCUGGUUUUUGCAUAUCAGAGUAGCAGUCGGUUCUACACCGUGAUGUGGAAGAAAGUUGGUCAAGUUUACUGGGAUAAAGAACCAUUUGAAGCACUAGGCAAACAAGGAUUGUCUAUCAAGGUUGUCGAUUCAGCCACUGGUCCUGGGCCAAUGUUGCGUAAUGCAUUAUGGAAUACUGACAGCACAAGGCGUCAGGUAAGAACUUUAUGGCAUGAUCCUGACGAGACUGGAUGGAGAGAAAAAGUAUCUUACCGCUGGGAGUUAAGACAUCGUCCCAAAACCGGAUAUAUAAGAUUUAAGAUAUUUGAUGGUACAAAGAAAGUUGUCGAUACCGGAGUACUUCAUGAUAGAACAUACUCUGGAGGAAGGUUGGGAGUGAUGUCAUUCUCACAAGAGAAAGUCAGCUGGUCCAAUAUCUUCUACCGAUGUAAUGGCGGUUCUGUAAAGAAAUAAAGUUGGUGAAUGGCUUUCAGAGACUUUUGUAGAUAGAUCAGUACAUUUGUGACUGUUCAACUAAAGCUUUUCGUCGGUAGCAUAAAAUUUAUAGUACAUAUACUACAAUGGACUUUUCAUUAAGGAUAGAGGCCACACCACUGCCUUCUACUAUGCACCACAUUUAAUGAAAUGGAUUCCCAGUUAGUUUUUAAUCUCAAUGGGAAAGAAAUUUGAAAAAAAUCUUUCAAACGUAGAUUUAAACCUUUAAAGAUGCCUUAGCCUUUGGGCUCUUCUUUUCAAACUCUUGAAAGAAAAAACCCAAAACCUGUCCCGUUUUUGGUGGUUCUAAGUAGAAACCAGUUUUUUAGAAAUCUAAUAUUUCAUGGAAAGUCUAUCGGGGAGACAAAUCCUUACUAAGUAUUCAUUAUUUUAAAUGAACCUGGUUGUUGUGAGAUACUGUUACGACUUCUGAAUAGUACUUGAAAGUUUAUAAAUGGGUUAAAUUGCUGUAGUCUGAAUGUAAUGUACAGCGAUAAUUCUUUAUGUAUCAAUCAUAAAUAUAAUAUGUAGAAACUGCUAUUUUUUGUCGUUUUAAUAAAUACUGCAUAUCAA